AUGGCCGCCAACGAUCAGGGCCUCGCGAAUAACGAUCUUCAGAAACUCAAGUCGCACCUCUUGGAAUUGAAACUCGCCUUGAGUGACCCUCCGACCGACCGACCCCAGAAAACAAGCGAGAAGGGUCCAAAGACAAGCUCGAUGUCAUCAUCCGAUACCAAGGACGCCAUCAUAGAGAAAGUCGACAAAGCCUCACGGGAUCUCUACAACAAGCUCAAGGAAAUCCGAGCUCGCGAUUGCACAGAGGAAGACACCACUCAAGUCACUUCUCUCCUCAAAUCCUAUAUCCGAGAACUUGACCCUAAGCAUCCAUACCUUGCUGAGCCAGAGGCAGAUUCACCUCAAGGCGCUGCCACAGAUGAACAAGAUUCCAACGAACACCGCAACUUGGGAGAGGAAGAUGACGACGUUCGGGACCAUGACUACCAAGAUGAAACGAUGAGGGAUUCCGAUGCUACUAUGGAAAGCGCAGAGUAA